CAUUCUGUGGAACGAAGAUAGUCAUUUCAACACGUGCCGCAUUGAGAGAUGAGAAUCUCAAUGCUGAAUCAAUCAAAACAACCGAAAUUAACCAAAUUCGGUAAAUUGAACUAUGCUGGCUGAAUGUUUGACGAGAAGUGGCCAAAGUAACUCGAUAAGAAGAAAUUCGGAAUAAAAUUUUAACCAAAAAAUAAAUAUUUUCAAAUUUUGAGUUUGCCUUGCGAAGGUAUGUUAUAUCUUAUUUUAAAUGGCUUUUUACACAAGUUGUUUAUUAACGCAAAUUGUUUUAUAUGGUAGUUUAAGAAAUUCUCAAAAAUUUGUAUCUUGUAGGAGGAUCUUUUCAGGGUUAUAUAGAAAAACCAGAAUUAAAAUUAAAAAUGAUCCAGGCUUAUUUUACCCGGCUGGUAUACACACAACAAACAUUUAUUAUAAAAGGAGAAAAACUGCAGAGGAACGGAAAUCCGCCCGGAUAAUUGAAUAUUCUCCAAAAGCUAAAGGAGAAUUUGUAGAUGUAUGGAGAAAUAUUACUUUGGAAGAAUUAGCUAAAGUUCUUAAUAAAGAUAUCAAUUAUGUAUUUGAUAUAUUUUUAAAUAAAUUAGAUGACCCAAAAAUGCCCAUUACAGAUGUAAAAGUGCUUCAACAAGGCAUUGUCAGAAGUGGCAGAAGGAUGAGACUAAUUGCAAAGCCAGAAGAUAAUAUUGAAGAAAAUUUAAAGAAAGAUGUUUAUCCUAGACCCCCACCCUCAAAAUCUGAAUUAAAACCUCGUCCUCCAGUUGUAACAGUUAUGGGGCACAUUGACCAUGGCAAAACAACUCUUCUAGAUGCUCUCAGGAAUUCUAAGGUGGUAGAUCAAGAAUUUGGUGGAAUUACCCAACAUAUUGGUGCUUUUUCAGUUAUUUUAAAAUCUGGAUCCUGCAUAACAUUCCUAGAUACACCUGGACAUGCUGCUUUCACUGCAAUGCGCUCAAGAGGAGCUAAUUUGACUGAUAUAGUAGUUUUGGUUGUGGCAGCCGAUGAUGGCGUUAUGGAACAGACAUUAGAAUCAAUUAAAAUGGCUAGACAUGCAAAAGUCCCAAUUUUGGUUGCGAUUAAUAAAAUAGAUGCACCUAAGGCAGACAUCCCUAGAACAGAAAGAACAUUAGUAGAAGCAGGUAUUCAAGUUGAAAGUCUAGGUGGAGACGUCCAAGCAAUACCUAUAUCUGCUCUUAAAAAACAAAAUCUUGAAUUGCUUAUUGAAGCAUUGAUUCUACAAGCAGAUCUUUUAGAAAUUGGAGCAGACCCUACUGGUUUCGUAGAAGCUGUAGUUGUAGAAAGUAAAGUACACCCACAUAGAGGAAAAUUGUGUACUGUUAUUGUACAAAGAGGCACAUUGAAAAAAGGUGAUGUAUUGGUAGCUGGUACAUGUAUGGCAAAAGUUAGAGGUCUUAAAGAUGCAGAAGGCAAGCCACUUCAGAAAGUACCUCCAGGAUAUCCUGUAGAAAUUGAGGGAUGGAAACAGCUACCAGCUGCUGGUGAACAAGUACUUCAGGUUGAAUCUGAACAGAGAGCAAGAGAAGUACAAAGAUUUAGGGAAACUGAAAAAGAUAAAGAAAAAAUGCAUGAUGAUGCAAAAGAAAUUAAUUUAAAGGAACAGCAGCAUAAUAGAGAGUAUAAGGAAAAAUUGGAAUUGAAGAGGAGGAUGGGAAGGUUUAAGUUAAAGCCAGUGGGACCUAGGAAACCAGAAAUUCAAGUUGAUGAUAGCGGUAUUCCUUCAUUAAAUAUUAUAUUAAAAGCAGAUGUAGAUGGAACAUUAGAAGCUAUUUUAAACACUUUAGAUACUUAUGAAUCUGAAAAAUGCAAAAUGGACCUAGUUAACUACGGAGUUGGCUCUAUAACUGAAACUGAUAUAGAAUUAGCUCAAACUUUUGAUGGUGUUAUUUAUGCAUUCAAUGUUGAUUUACCUCCAAAUUUAAAGACACUUUCCAACACCGUUCCUAUAAAAUACCAUAACGUCAUUUACAAGCUGAUUGAUGAUUUAAAAGAGGAAAUUAACUCCAGGUUACCAGCAAAAGAGGAGGAAGAGAUUUUAGGGGAAGCUAAAGUGAUACAAACGUUUGAAAUUACUCAAGGUAGGAAGAAAGUUAAUGUAGCUGGUUGCAGGUGCAAGAAAGGUAUUUUGAAAAGGGCUGCUAACUAUAGGGUAGAAAGGAAUGGCGCAAUUAUUCAUGAAGGUCCAUUAUCAUCAAUGAGGCAUUUAAAAGAGGAAGUAGAUACAAUUAAGUUUGACACGGAAUGCGGUCUCCAAUUUUUAGAUAAAAGUAUUAAAUUUGAAUCAGAUGAUAUAAUAAUCUGUUACGAAAAGAAAUCAGUAACUCAAGUAACAGAUUGGGAUCCAGGUUUUUAAAGAUGUAAGAUCAAUUUUGUAUAUAAGUUGUAUUCUUGUUUGUUACUAUCAUUAAGAGUUUAAUAAUUUAGGUACUUUGUAUUUUUACCUCGACUUCCUCUUACCAAGUAUUUACCAGAAGACAUUGUAGAUAUAGACUAUUUAAAAUAGGCCUUUCCCAAAUGUUUCUGAAGUAUGGCUAUUAGAUAAUUAUCUUAACUUAUAGUGGUAUUUCGUAUUUUAAUUAUUAAAAUUUAGAAUUUUGCUAAAAGUAAAAAGCAAUUAUUUCUUGGAACUUUAGUAAAUAAUGUUUUUUGAAGAAACCUGAUGCAUUUUUUAAUAAAAAUUAAGACGUUACGAUCAACACACCCUGAAGAAAACUAAUAACACUUCAUCUUGCCUUUGCA